UAUAUGUCAUAGAUUUCUAUAAUAUAAUUCUAUAUAAUUAGUCUAGAUGUCUGUGAUCUAAGUUCGUGCAUUAAACUAUAUGACGUGUGGAUUAUCACCACGAUUCAAAUUUAUAAUAUAUUUUAGCCCACAACCUUUAUGUUGAAAAAGUGGCGUCAUCCUAUGGUCUAUGGUAGUCUAUGGUAGUUGGCAAUUUAGUUUAUUAUCUAUAUCUGUGGUAUGUAGUAUACUAUCUUAAAUCUUACUUCCACAUAAAAUAUCUUACAGCGUUUUCCAUUCGACUGCCGUUAGUAACUUAGUUGCACCUUGCGCGUACAGCGGCCCAAUAUUAUAACACCCAAAAUCGAAGACCGUGGAUUUAAUAUAUCUAUGAGUGACUAUGACUGUGGUCUGCACUCUGCACUCUAGACUGCAACUUAGUGUUUACCGGUAUUUAUUUUAGACCAACAAUUCCACAAUGUCGGCAGCGAACGGAACCGGACAGAACAACUACAACAACAAUAAUUGCGAUUUCAAAGAGGAACUUGUGAAAAUGCAAAGUGUCUCAAGUUUGGAAUCAGAGUUGUCAAAUGUUAAUAUUUACUUGGAAAAAAUAUAUUCUUCUGAUUUAGAUGUAUUAUUAUCUAUUCAGAAAUUAAAUGUAUCUAUUAAAUACUUAGAAAAUCUAUCAGAUGUAAAUUUAUUGGAAAAAAAUGAUAUACUGGUCACCACCCUUUUUGAAGAACUUGCAGUCAAACGACCAUGUUUCAAGAUUCUUGGGCGUCCAGCCUUGUUGGAAUUGGCUAAAAGUCCCAAUGGUUUACAGGGCAUUAAUCGCCAUCGUUAUUGCAAUGUACUUGUUGGCGCUAUUGUCAGUGUCACAGGAAUUCAAAAGAGAGAUGAAAUGGCACGUCUUCUGAGCUUGAUCCGUUGGAUGGGUGGUAGUUUUCGAGAAAGUAUUAAUUACAAGACUACUCAUUUAGUGUCUGGUUAUGCAUGUAGUGUUAAAUCCCAAUAUGCGUAUUUACAUGAAAUCCCGGUUAUUGGAUCUUCUUGGCUUCAUGCAGCGUGGGAGAGACGAGAUGAAAUAGAAUUCAAAGCAAACAAUACAUCGUUUUUUUCAGAACACAAGCUAAAACCAUUCCAUGGAGCCAAAAUAUGUUUUAUAGGGUUCACGGAAGAAGAACAAUCACAUAUGGUUGAAGUUUUGUUACAUAAUGGAGGAACUCCAAUAAGCAAUGAAAAUGAUACAGAAUGUACUCAUCUGGUUGUUAAUGAAUCUUCAUUAGAUUCGAUUCCUUCAGUGAAAAAGAAUAAUGCUGAAAUCCUGAAAGAAGCAUGGUUCUGGAUAUCUGUACAAUACCAGAGUUGCGCCUUAACAAAAGAAUAUUUAUUAAGCAAUGUAAAUGUGACCAACACACCUAUUUCUGCUCAUGUAAUGUCAUCUACGUUGACAUUAAAUUCUUCUCGUUCACGUAAAAGAAAAAGGCAUUUAGACAAUUUGGGUUCUUUGCUAAGGUCCAGUCCAACACCUGUGGCAACUAUUCGUGAAACAUCGCCAACAAAUAGUUCAAGGCCAUCAAAACGACGGUCAUCAGCUGCCAACACCCUUGACGGCCUGAGGUUGUCAUGUGGAUCAUUUUUAAAUUUCACAAACAGCCCAGAUCAUCCAUCACCUUUGAAACUCCCAAGAGAUCAAGAUUUAGUUAUAAAAGAUAAACCAUUUAGUCCACGAUAUCAAGUUUUCUCUGAAUUAUUACAGACUGAGAUUAACUAUGUGGGGGUGUUAAACACAAUAAUUACUGUGUACAAAGAACCAUUAGAAGAAAUUAUAGACAAAAAAGACUGUUUGCUAAAUAAUACUGAAAUUAAAAUUAUAUUUGGAAAUGUUUUACCUAUUUAUCAAGUACAUCGAGAGAUGUUAGAAGAGCUCAAAUGCCUUGCUACAUUGUGGCAAGAAGAUAGUAGUAUAGGAAAUGUUUUCCUUAAAUAUUCCAGUGAGUUAAUGAAAGCUUAUCCACCGUUUGUAAAUUUUUUUGAAAAAACAAGAGAGAUGUUGUUACAGUGUGAUCAAACAAAACCUCUUUUUCAUGCUUUCCUUAAGGUCGGUCAGUUAAGGCCUGAAUGUUGCCGACAGAGUCUACAAGAACUUCUCAUUCGACCCGUGCAACGCUUACCCAGUAUUAGCCUCCUGUUAAAUGAUAUAUUGAAACAUACUGACAAGAAUAACCCUGAUCACCAAGCUCUUAUAUCAGCCUUAGCCAGUAUACGAGAAGUAAUGACUCACAUAAAUGAAGACAAAAGAAAGACCGAAGGUCAAGUUGUACUUUUUGAUAUAUUUAAUGAUAUCGAUAAUUGUCCUCCUCAUUUAGUUUCUUCACAUCGAAGUUUUAUCACAAAAUGUGAUGUGGUUGAGCAAAGUGAUAACCUUAGUGGUCAUGGGGAUCAUCUAACAAUAUUUGUUUUUUCAGAUGUUGUUGAAGUCUGUAAAAAAAAAAAAUCAUGUAAUGGAAAGAGUACAAAAGAACCGAAUUCUGGUUCACACAAAUUUAAUGGCGGUGCCAAAUCUUAUAAACAUAUCAAAUUGAUGCCGUUAAAUAUAAUUAAACAAGUUAUAGAUAUUAAAGAGACUGAAGACUGUCAUAAUACAUUUUCGUUAUUAAUUAUUGACAAUCAUGACUUUAAAGAAAUAUUGUAUAAGUUUACUAUGACUGGAAGUAAUAGCGGUGACAAUCAUAAAAAAAUAUUUUUAAAAAAUUUAUCGCAACAAGUUGCCAACACUGUGUGUUCUGGUAAUAUAUUAACAUCAUUGGAUUCUCAGCAAUUGGACAUUGAUACAAGUGAAAUUACUAUUGGUACUUUUGAGAAAGCUUUCAAGUUUGCAAACAGAACACGUAUUAAAGUUGGACGGGCAUUGAGCUUUAAUAAAACUCCUAGUAAGUUGAAACGAGCAGUGUCGACAAUGAUGAGUCCUGUUCUCAGCUUAACUUACAAUGAAGAGCUGGGUACGCACCCCCUAACACCGUCUACACAAUCAGCAAAUAUGCACUUAGCAUCUUGCACCAAUUUAAAUGAUAUUUCAUCAGAUGACCAUACAUUUCCAUCGCCGCUCAUGUCAAUUCAGCCAAGCAGAAAAAAUAAAAGGUCUAUAUUAAGUCUAUCGUCAGCGCCCAGGUAGCAUCCAAUGGCCUAUCAAUACCUGGUAGACACUUUGAAACUCAAAAAAUGUUGUUUCAAUUUUAACUGUCAGUAUCAAUAGCUAUAUUAUAUUAUUAUGAUAAUUAUGUUUUAAAACUUAAUUUAAAAUUUUUUUAAAUGAAUUAUUUUAUUAUUACCUCUUGUUAGUAUUUAAGAUAUGUAUAAUUAUGUUAUUUUUAACUUUUCCUAAAUCAUUCUUGUUCAAAAAUGUUCUUAUCCUGUACUUCAUUGUUAACAAUCGUUUAUUUCAUAAAUUCCGUUUCUACAAAAUUAAAUGUUUAACAUUCA